ACGAUUUCUCUCCAAAACAAGAGUAGUACAUGUAUUUCCUAUAUGUACAGGUAUGAAUUGUUUCUCAAGCUCCGGCAUUUCUGUUGGUGAAUACUAAUGACUGACUUGACAAUGGCUAUCAACACUUUCUGAGUAGUUUGGUAGAUGUGUGUAUGGUACCACUGAUUUCUUUUGAGCCGAAAGUUAUAAGCGGAAGCUCUACUUGUCAUUGCGGCGACUAGCGUUCGUAAAAUCACAUGAUAUUCUAUUGUAUACCUCUACGAGGAAAUUUUCCCGAGCAACAGUGGCUAGAUAUGGGCAGUUUGUGUGGACUUGUAACUGACAUUUUAGUACCAUGUAUGGGGACUACUCAUUUUAAUAUGUAAGUUUACCACGUUGCUUUUUAAUUUGAGUUAUGUUAUUAAUAACGACAGCACUUUCCUGCUUAGCUAUGUAGCUAGGUAAGACUGAUUUAUACCAGUUGGCAGGCGCGGCACUGAUAAACCUUAACCAGCAUCCGAGAAAAAGCACAGGAGACAUUUAUUAACGUGUCGGAGAUACCCGUCGAAACAGUCAGCCAGAUUUCCAGAGCACAGCUGCGGUGACAGCUCGCAGUGAAAUUACUUUUUUGAAGUUGUGAAGCUUGUCCAGAGGCAGGUUUCGCUAUGACAGAGCGAACUCCGCUUCUCCACUACCGCCUCUCCGCCAGCGUCAAUGAAUCCCAGCAGCGGACACCUCCGGCCGGGCAGGCCCUGGAGCAGCACCCGGGCAGCCCCCCGCGGAGGUCUGCCCACCAGCGGCAACCAAAGAAACUCUCCACCUUCUUCGGUGUGGUGAUCCCUACUUUGCUGUCAAUGUUCAGCGUGGUAGUCUUUCUCAGAAUAGGAUUUGUGGUGGGCCAGUCUGGACUGUACCAAGCUAUUGCCAUGUUCCUGGUGGCCUACUUCAUCAUCUGUAUGACUGUGUUGUCAGUCUGUGCUAUCUCCACCAAUGGAGCCCUGGAUGCAGGGGGAGCCUAUUACAUGAUCAGCCGAGCGCUGGGUCCAGAGUUUGGUGGCAGCAUUGGCAUCAUGUUCUUCCUGGCUAAUGUGUGUGGCAGUGCUCUGUAUGUGCUGGGUCUGGUUGAGGCCAUUGUGGGCACCUUCGGAGUGCCAGAAGACGGGACUCUGGCCACUUCUUCCUACCAGGUCCUCCCGGUAGGCUACUGGUGGUCUCUGCUGUAUGCCACAGCCGUCGCCCUGCUUUGCCUGCUGGUGUGCCUGGUGGGAGCCCACAUCUACGCGAAGGCAACCUUCAUCAUCUUCCUGGUGGUCAUGUUUGUCCUGGCCACCAUCUUCAUCAGCUUCUUUGCCGUAUGGCCUCGCACCAUUGUCUUGCCCAGCUCUGCAACUUCCAACCCGACAGCGAACGGAACAGGCCCCGUGUUUCCCGCCACAGCCAACUUUACUGGCUUCAAGUUGGACACGCUGCUCGGGAACUUGUGGGCUGACUACACUAUUGAUUACACAACUGGAACUACGAUGACCUUUGCCACCGUUUUCGCUGUGAUGUUUAAUGGUUGCACCGGUAUCAUGGCGGGUUCUAACAUGUCCGGUGACCUGAAAAAUCCCAGCUAUUCCAUCCCCCGCGGCACUAUCACAGCCGUCAUCUUCACCUUCAUCAUCUACAACUUGCUCAGUGUGCUGGUGGCAUGCUCCUGUGACCGUGUCUUGCUUCAGAGGGAUUACAGUUUCCUGAGGGACAUUAACGUCUGGAACCCUUUUGUCACCGUCGGGGUUUAUUCCUCCACGCUCUCCGCUGCAAUGAGCAACCUCAUUGGAGCCUCACGCAUCCUCUGCCUGGCCAGGGACGACUUGUUUGGUAAGGUGCUGUCUCCGGCUAAGAAGACGUCCCACAGUGGUAACCCCUGGGUCUCUGUGCUCAUCUCCUGGUUCCUUGUGCAGCUUGUGCUGUUUUCAGGAAAGCUCAACACCAUCGCCAGCAUUGUGACCAUUUUCUUCCUGUUGGUGUAUGCUGCUGUGGACCUGGCCUGCCUAGCUUUGGAAUGGGCCUCUGCACCUAAUUUCAGGCCCACCUUUCGUUACUUCACCUGGCAUACGUGCGUGUUGGGCAUUGUGGGUUGUGCCAUCAUGAUGUUCCUGAUUAAUGCCAUCUAUGCCUCAGCCAGCAUUGCCUUCAUGCUGCUGCUGCUUCUGCUGAUUCACUACCUCAGUCCCACCUCCAGCUGGGGCUACAUCAGCCAAGCUCUCAUUUUCCACCAGGUGCGUAAGUACCUGCUGAUGCUAGACGUGAGGAAGGACCAUGUCAAGUUCUGGAGGCCUCAGGUCCUGCUGAUGGUUUCCAACCCUCGCAGCAGCGUGGGCCUUAUCACCUUCAUCAACGACAUCAAGAAGAGUGGCCUUUACGUGCUUGGACAUGUCCAGCUAGGAGAUCUCAACACUUUACCGUCAGACCCUCUGCAGUCCCAGUACGACUCCUGGUUGUCCCUGGUGGACCAUCUAAACAUCAAGGCCUUUGUCAACCUGACAUUGGCUGAUUCUGUACGUCAUGGAGUCCAACAUUUGCUCUUCAUCUCUGGACUAGGUGGGAUGCGUCCCAACACCCUCGUCCUCGGUUUCUAUGAUGACUGUCUUCCAAAGGACAACCUGGUUGAUCCAACCCUGUCUGCCAGUCAGUCCACAGAUCCCUCGGACCCUUCUCCAGAGCUUGAGCAACAGCCUCCUCUCUUCCACUUUGCCUCCCUAAGAUGGUCCAGCGACAGAAAGGAUUACGGUGAAUUCGGUGACGGGAAGGUUCUGGGGCCCCAGGAGUAUGUAGCAAUCAUUGCAGAUGCCAUGAAGAUGCUUAAGAAUGUGGUGCUGGCUCGAUACUUCAACAACUUUGACCGAGCUCAGGCCCUCUCACCAACCCCCUCCACUCCAGGGAAGGGUGCUGUGUACGUUGACGUCUGGCCGGUCAACCUCCUGCGUCCAGACAGCUGUAGCUACGUCGACACCUGCUCUCUGUUCUUGCUACAGCUUGCAUGUAUCCUCAACAUGGUCAGAGCCUGGCGAAGAGCUACACUCCGUCUCUUCUUGUGCGUAGAGGAAGGACGAAGCGUGAGAGGCUCAGAGGAGAAGCUGGGUCAGCUGCUGAAAGAGUUGAGAAUUAAAGCUCAGGUCUAUCCUGUUCCCUGGGACCAGCAGGUGGCGCUACACUGGCAGCGUCAAGGCAAGUGGGGCAAGAAGCAGCCAUCACAAUCCCCUGAUACUGGCAAUGAAGAGAAGAAGCCGAGAACAGAGGAGGAGGAAGAGAACGAUGAAGAUUACGUUAAUAGCUUCCCAAGCAACACCAUGCACCUGUCGGAUGACUACCUAUCAGCUGUCAAUAAGCUGAUCCUGGACCAGGCCCGGCCACCGCCUGCUGUGAGUUUCCUGUACUUGCCCCGCCCUCCAGCUGAUACCCGGCGCUAUGCAGCCUACUUACACCAGCUGGAGCUGCUGACUCGGGACCUGGGCCCUACGCUGCUCAUCCACGGAGUCACACCUGUCAUCACCACUGAUCUUUGAGAAAUCCCAUUGAUACAUUCGUUGAAGUGUGCCUUGGAUGCUGAGAGUUCUGAAUUUUGCAGUGUCCUACAGAAAGUUCUUUAUUAUGGUGUUUGGACCUCUUUUAAUACAGUCUCUACACAGACCUUAGCACUGCCAUGGUACUGACCACUCCACCCAACAACAGACAGGGGAAACAGCCCUGGAAAUCUGACCCAGACUGAGAUGUCUCUGCUGACUCACAGAUACUCGCACAUAUUAUUGGAUAAUAAAGAACAAAAUCUCUAGAGAUACGGCAUAUUUAUAGAAUUUUUGAAAUGAAGACCAGAUAUUAUACGGUACAUCUUUGCUGCUUGGGAAUCACAGAAAAUCCUGUCCAAAUAUUUAACCUCUUUUGAAUUUUAUUUGUAUUGGUUGUAUUUUAUUUGUAUUGGUAUUCCCAUCAAGCACCUGAAGGCAUCAUAAUGUUAAAUUGUAGGCCAACCUUGCUGUGCCUUAUCAGGUGAAUGUAGAACCUGUGGAGCUAGCCAGCCAAUCUAAACCAGUAGCAAAGAGCAUAUGAUGUUCUUUUUAACACAUUUGUACCAGUGUUACAAGACUCAUAAAUAUGUCCAUGGGUCAGUCGGCUCACUGGGGAAAAUCUCCACUAGUUCAGAUUGCAGGUCCACCCCUGUCACUCCUUUAACUAGUUUUUCAUUCCUACUUAUAACAGAGAGUGCAGUCUAAUUCCUGAUACAGUCUAAGCUGAAUUCGAAAUAUCGUCUGACUCCCCUUGUUCCUUUCUUGAAAUGGUCUUUAAUGUGCUGCUGCUCAAAUUCCUCAAAAUGAUCAUUCCAUAUGCCUUCAGAAUAAAAAGUGCCUCACUAUAGGGAGCGUAAAAUUUGGACCCUGUCACAGAAGGAAUGUUGGACUGCUUUACACCUUGGAGCAGUCAUUUGCAAGAAAUCUGCUUUUCCAUUUUCCAGCUUAGAACAAUGGAAACAGUGGCAAUAGCGACGGUGCUAUAAUGGAAGUCUUAAAAGUUUUAUUCCAAAAAGUCAUUUUAUGUGGGAUCUCAGGAAGACAUUCCUCUUUUUUCCAAAUGCACUUUUGUCCUCCCUCUGCCGAACUGCAUGUUGUGCAGAUUUCCAAAAUUACUUUAAACAUGUUUACAGCACCAGUAACUACUGUGUAUCUGCAAUAUUUUAUAGGUUGUUUUUUUUAAUGUGUUUUAGGUGCUCUGUAACUUUUAGAACCACAUUGCCUGACCAGCCUCAACGCGGAAGUGCCUAGAUGAAUUUUAAUAUCUGGUCCACUCUACAGCCUCAACCUUUACCCAAGUAUUUGAGGUAUUUAAAAUGAACCCGUGUAACUUUUGCUGAACUGUGGCCACAAGUGACAUUUAUGGGAUAAUGGUACAUGCUAAAACGUAGCAUACUAUUUGCACAAGAAGCAUCUGAAGAGUCAGAAAAAUGACUUAGUAAUGUCAGCUGCACAGGAUUAUCUAUCUCUGGAAAAUAUACUAGAAUUAGCUAACAUUACCCUCAGUAAACUGCUGGUCAUCCCAGACCAACUAAGGCUAUAGCAGCGAAAGCCCCAGAGGCAUUGAUUUCAACUUUCCAUGUGUAAGAGGAAGACUUUGAUCUUUCUUGUCAAAAGUUACAUAAUCUCACUUAAAGCAUCAUUGCACACUUGGGUAAAAAGUGUUUCAUUCCUUGACACACUGAUUAAACAAUAUAUGUCCUCUGAGACCAAUGUGAAUCCCAGGUCUAUUGUAAAAAUAAUCUAAAAGGUUUGGAUCCUUGAAAUUUGAGUUUCUAAGAUAACUUCAAAUGAAAUUCUUUCAGUAAAUUAAUCCUGACAACUUUUAUCAGACUUACUUUGACACAUGAGUGGGGUCCAGAUCCAUAUUUGAAGAAAGGCUGGUACUUUGAUUCAGAUGUCUCUUGACAUCCUUUUGUUUGAAAUUAGAUAUAUAUGUUUACUUGUGGGCCAAUUGGGUCCAUCCCCUCUCCACGGAUGGCUCCUUGUUUGGACACUACACUCCUCAACAAACCACUGACACUACAUUUCUUCAAAUAUUUGCCCAGGAUUUCUGUCUUAGAAUUCACUGAAGUGCAGAAAGUAUUGCAGGACACACUCAUUUAUUGAAGAAAUGAAAUGUUCAGUGUUUGAAUUACAGCAGAA